AUGUUCCCACGAAGGCGCAGCGACGCUUUCCUCCAGCUGCAGCAGCAACAGCAGCAGCAGCAGCAGCAGUAUUAUCAGCAGCAGCAGCGGCAUCAGAAGAAGCACGAGCAGCAGCAGCAGCAGCAGUAUUAUCAGCAGCAGCAGCAGCAGCGGCAUCAGAAGGAGCACGAGCAGCAGCAGCAGCAAUAUCAGGAGCAGCAGCAGCGGCGACAUCAGAAGAAACACGAGCAGCAGCAGCAGCAGCAUCAGGAGCAGCAGCAGCAUCAGGAGCAGCAGCAGCAGCAGCAUCAGGAGCAGCAGCACCAGCAACAGCAUCAGCAUAAGGGGGAGCGCGAGCAGCAGCAGCACGCCCUAGGGCCUAGGGCUUAG